GUGUUCUCUUUCUUUGUGUUCCCGACUUGAAAAAUUAGCAUCUGAGCUGGCUUCCCAACCCCAAAAGUUGUUGCAUAGUUUCUCAUGCAUCUAGUGCCAUGGGGAAGUCUUUGGACAAGGAAACCUGCAUGGGUGUCAACAAUCAAAGUUACAUAUGUGAAACGGGCCACUGUUGUGGACAGUCCCAGUGUUGCAACUACUACUAUGAACUCUGGUGGUUCUGGCUGGUGUGGACCAUCAUCAUCAUUCUGAGCUGCUGCUGCGUCUGCCAUCACCGGCGCACCAAGCAUCGUCUCCAGGCCCAGCAGCGGCAGCAUGAGAUCAACCUGAUCGCUUACCGGGAAGCCCAUAACUAUUCAGCUCUGCCAUUUUAUUUCCGAUUUUUGCCAAAUUAUUUACUACCUCCCUAUGAGGAAGUGGUGAACCGCCCGCCAACCCCUCCGCCACCGUAUAGUGCCUUACAUCAGCAGUGCGUCCCGGCCGGCAGCAGCAGCACAAUCCCGGAUACGCCACGAAACCUGCAGCCAGCACAGAGCAGCUCAUCGGCGCCCGGCGGCAAUCACAGCAGUGCUGAGAGCACCAGCUCCCCCGGCCUCGGCGACCCCGAGCCCUCCGCCGUGCUGGUCGAACGAGCGGUUGCCAAAAUGCAAAGUGUCGAGCCGGGCAGUACCAGCACAGGAGCCGAAUUAGAGGAGAGGGCCGGUCCCGAGAAGGAUACGGAGUGCAAGGAGGAACUGCUGAGAGAUUACAGCUCUGAGAGCUUAGAGCAGAGCAGCGCCAUUCCCGAUGCCAAGGACAAGACGCCGGGCAGGCAGCGCCGCUUCACAGGCGACUCGGGAAUCGAAGUCUGCGUUUGCAACCGGGGCCAUGACGACGACGACCUCAAGGAGUUCGACGGGCUCAUCGAGGACGCUUUGGACGGGCCCCUGGACUUUUGCGACAGCUGCAGCAGCCGCCCCCACGGGGACGAGGAGGAAGGGCUUUUUAAUGCCAAGACGCGCAACCACACCCCCCCCCCCCUGCCCCGGCAGCCGGUGUGUGUACUCUUGAACACAAUAAAUGAGCAGGACUCUCCAAACUCUCGUACCAAUAACUCCCCCAGCUAAGGUGGCAGAGUGGAAGGGAGAAUCUGGGGAAAAACAAACAAAUAAAUAAAAGUGAAAUGAGAGGAUUAAAACUUUAAGAGGAGGAAAAGGUGAUGCAACUUUUUUUUUUUUUUUUUUGCUUUCUUUCUUUCCUCCCCCUCCAGUAUAAAUUGGGGACUAACCCCCAAAGGCCCGGCUUGUGGGGGACGGGUCGCUCUGGGUUUUGUUAAUUGUGUCCCUCCUGCUCCACGAGGCAGGGACUGAUGUUUCUCAAUGAGACCUUCUGACAAAGGGAACUUUCUCAAUGGUGAUUUUGGUGAUGGUUAUUAUCAGUUUGUUGGUUUUAGUUUUCCAAAACACUGCUUUAUCUUGCAAUCAGUAAAGCUCAGCAAAUCUCACCCUGGGAGGAAACGAAAUCACCACAAGGCUUCAACCUCCAGGUGUCUUCCCAGAAGCAAGCAGCUUCUGACAGUGCCGGCAGUCAGUAGCCCAAGAGUUCUGGUUUGAUUUAGUGCUCUUGAGGCAUUGUGGAUUUCUUUUCAUUUUAACUUUUCUUGUUGUUGCUGUUAAAUAUUCCCAAAGCUGCUGAUGAAUAACUGAACACAUCAGCCCUGUAGUCUCUGGUGCUUCAGUGUUUAAGACAGCAGGUAGGAAGUUUCCCACUGGAAGCUGGUAACUGAAGGACCAGUUUCUUCCAGAAGGAGUGUUAUUCUAUUAUAAGCAGUUCGGAAGGAGAGGGUUUGCAGAAAUUUGCCUUUAUAUGUAAUUUUUAAAGACAAAUGUAUUCCUUCAAUGCCUCCAAGAGCACAGUUAGGAGUAGAAUCCGGGCAGCUGGGCUGCCUUCCAAGUACUGUGGUCUCCGAAUGACCUUUUCCUGGUGUGCUGCAAAAGGGCUUGGCUUUAUUUUUUCCUUCUUUUGCACCCCGAGAGCAGCACACUCGAGUUAAGAUGACAAAAAAAAGAACAGGGCUCUCUUUGGCCAGCGUGCCUUCAAGCUUCAGUGAUGCAUGUUGAACAAAUGGAGACGAGAGCUCCGUCCAGUGCGAAGGGAUGACUUACCAUGUAGAUGUGGAAGACCUGUGCAGUAUUUUUUUUUUUUUUGAUCCAAGAGUUUGGUGCGGUUUAAUGUUGACCACUUAAAAGAAAUGAAUGUCUGUUUUUCUUUUCUUUUCUUUUUUUUUUUAUGGUGGCAACUGGCUACUGUAUAAUGUCUGUGAGCGUGUGUGUGUGACUGCAAUCCAUGCAUGCGAGUCCUACUGGUAAUAUGAAAACCUGCUGUAAGACUGCAAGAAAAUUUACUGUAGCUUUGCUUUAAUAAACAGUAGAGAUUUUGUUAGUAAUAAUCCGAAGGGAAAAAAAGAAAAAAAAACAAAAGAGCUGAAACUAACAUUCCCUGACGUGCUCGUGUGGAAGAGAGCACGAUUCAGACUAUAUAUCUUGUUCUCGGGUUUUCUCCCCUAUCCCUUUUAUAAAUAUGGUCGUCCAGAUCAUUACUGUUGUGGGGGGGGAGGGGGGGAGAAAUGGAAAACUGAACUCAGACAUACUGAGAUUUGAUUGAUUGAAAACCAAAAUCAGUUUUAAAUAAGUUGGAAACCAAAAUAUAAUGCCUUUUCUGAUAA